AUGGCCAUGGUGGUGGCUUCUACUCUUACUUCUACUAUUGCUCUUCUUGAUACUUCUUACUUGCUGCCUUCUGUGGUGCCUUCAAGGGCUGAAAAAAGUGGAAUGGAACAAAACAUGCAAGCAUUAUCAUCUCGUGUUGAAGAUAUUCGUUCUUCAUUGGAGCAAAAGGCUGCAGAUUCUAAGCAAUAUCUUGUAGCUCGUGGAGAUUUCGAAGAUGGAUAUGUUCGAGGAUUUCGUGAUGCCAAUAAAUUAGGAAGUGCAUCCGCUGCACGUCGACGCAUGGAUGAUGACUAUGGUGCCCGCGAUGACCGUUUUCAUGAAGGAUAUGUGAAAGGCUUGAGGGACGCUGGUAUGACUGGAAUGAGUUCGUCUAUGCAUAAUUUGGCUCAGCGUGGACAAGGAGGCGGCUAUUCUUCUGGCUAUAUGCAGGGUUUCCGAGAUGGGAAUUCGGGAGUUUUUGGUGAUCGCAUAUCCACAAAUCUUCUAAGAAGAUUGGAAGAACAAUAUCCAAACCAAGAAGAAUUUAGGACUGGCUAUAUCGAUGGUUUCAAAGAAGGUGCUAACAGUAGACUUUCAGAAAGAAAGGUUCCAUGA